ACCACGCAAACUCCUGAAAAUUCACUGUGUUACCCAGGCCUACUGGGAGUAUUCAGAGAGUGCUUUUCCAAAAUCCCAACUUUUGGGCAAAAUUGGAAAAAAUCCGAACAAUUUGGUAGUUUUUACGCCACAGAUAGCGCAAUUUUUCUCGCAGUUGUUAACAAAAAAAACUAACCGAAACAGACGAAGUGGGAAUCAAUGUGGCUUUGAAAACCUUAGAGAAGCAGCCCGCUUGAGUUAACCUGACAUCGGGAUUGUCAAAAUAAUCCAACACUUUCAAUUUCAACCGUGCCAAACAGUGUUUGCCUAAUAAAAAAGAGAACAGUGUUCGGUCCAGAGGAUGGCAUCCAGAAGGCGAAGUGGAAGCGGUUCGAAGCGCCAGUUCAAAGAGAAAGUGGUACAAAUCUACGAAACCAUCCUGAAAGGGGAAGAAAUCGGCCCAAACAAUCCACUGUUUUGGGAGGAGUUUUUCCUGCUGAAGCCCAAAUUGGCGGUUCUGGAGGCUGAAAUCCUGAAACUCUCCCCCGAGCAGCUGCAGCUAGCCAAGCCCAACUUGAACGACCUGUUCGCACAGUGCAUAGCGAUUCUGGCCGAUAAUGCUAGUAUUAGGGCGGCCUAUGGCCUGCAGACUCUUUGCGGGUUUCUGCAUACGAUUUUCAAGAAACUAGGUGAAACUCAGGCGGAUAAUAAUGUGCAGGCUAUUGAGUUCCUGGCCGGGUUCGACAGCUAUGUGGCCAACAUUCAGAAAUUGCUGGACUUUUGCCAUUUGUUCCUUGAAGGGGAAUACACCGAUUCCAUCAGGGGACUGUGCUUGAAGCUAAUUAUCAUCCUGAUAAUUGGCACGGACAAUCUCAGCCAAAACACCCUGAUUGAGUACAUUAUAAUGUCCUCGAUUUUCGAGUGUUUGGUUAAAUUGCUCUCCGAUGUGCCCACCAGGCAAAAGCAUGGAUAUGAUGUCGUUUUGAUUAUAACACUGCUGGUCAAUUACAGGAAAUAUGACGCUACUAACCCCUAUGUGGUCAAGCUGUCCAUUCUGGACGAUGAGCUGGCCUUAAACGGCUACGGCCAGGUGAUUACCGCCUCUUUAACCGACUUUUGCAACCAGUACAAUGUGGAACAUGUGGAGAACCAGAACUCCAGCUGGUUUUCUUCGCUCACCAACAUGGUUGGUAGUAUGUUUAUAUCGGAAGAAGGGGCUUUUCGCAGUCAGCAAAUCCGAGCGAACAACGCUCUGCUCUUGGCCUUUUACGAAGCGGUUCAUUUGAAUAGGAACUUUAUCACCACUCUGGCUCAGACCCAGACUGAUGCCAGCAGCCCCCCAUCCCCCAACAAUACUUUACACAACAAUAUCCAAGGAUUGGGGGACUUGCCAAGCAUGCCAGUGGCUUUCGAUGUCAACUUGCAGCCUUCAAAUCUUCUGGUUACGUUCUUUCAGUACUGUUCAAUAGUGAUGCAGGAUACAAAGACCGAGCCGGGCGCCAAUACUGUCAAGCUGUGCUUUCUCAUUCUGGGCUGUAUAUCUGAGGAUCAAUAUGCGAACUCUUUGAUGCAUGAUGUGAGCUUGGCCUUUAAGGUGAGGCUGCACAGGCUGCCGAUGCGGCACAGAAAGCUGGCCAGUGAUAAGACCACGUCUAGCCAGUCGUUGGUUUGCACCCUACUGGAUUUGCUGGUGGAAUUCAUGCUCAGUCACAUGAUGAAGAAAUUCCCCAUGGAACUGUACGUGUUGUGCAUUGGAAUCAUUCAGCGCAUCCUGGGCUAUCAGAAAAAGUGCCGAAUAAGAGUGAACUAUGUGUGGAAGGAGCUCUGGACCGCCCUAAUUGCGCUACUCAGAUUCAUUGUGCAAAACGAGAGCUACCUGGGCAAGAAAAUGAACAUCUUCGAGCUCUGCAUCAAAGUGGUGAACAUCCUGAACUUUUUUAUCACUUACGGGGACAAUUUCCUGCCAACACCUGGCAGCUAUGAUGAGCUUUAUUAUGAAAUCAUCCGCAUGCAUCAAGUGUUUGACAACGUAAGCUCAAUGGCUCUCAGAUACUCAAUGAGUGAGGGGGAUUUCAAGGAAGACGCUCUCAAGCUGAACAAUGCGCUGUUUAAUGUCCGCGCCAUCAUCAAGCACUUUAAUCCAAAAAUCGACCAAUGGCUGGCUUCCAGCAACCUGUCAACGCCUACAGAAGAUCAAAUCUUGGACAUUGUGAAGAAGAACUACGACAGUCUAACGUUGAAGCUGCAGGAUUUGCUGGAUCACUACGAAAGGUACACGGAAAAGCCUCACUAUACCAGCUUCUUCACCGGCAUGGUAAAAAGCAUACUGAGCGACACUAGAAGCAACUUCGGUUGUUGUUUGCAAAACUUUACGAACAUUGCCAGCGAGUAUCCGACCCAUUGAAUGCGACUGGAACGAAAAGUGCGAUGCGACAAUAAAACUGCGCAGCUCGAACGAGCGCCCCAAUCCAAGAAGGUAGGGAGCCCAGUUUCCUAGUAAUAAACCCCCCCAAGUGUGAUAAUUUAGUUUGUUGAAGGAACGUCCAGUAAAUUGAUUUUAUAUUUUGUUAAAACAAGACGGAAAUUGCGAUUUUCCGAACCAAAUAAAUCCUAUUUUAUGUACGGUU